AUGGCUUCGGGCACGAAGAAUCGUCUCUUCAUUCUCCUGGCCAUUUGCCUCAUUUCCGGCCAAGCAUUCCCCCGUGAUUCGUCGCCGACGACCACCAAUUCGCUACGCUCGUGCGGAAUUGCUCUCAUCGAAAGAGUCUACUCGUUGUGCCCCCAAGGAUGUUCCGCAGAGAGAUUCGGUAAGAGAGCACUUGGCAGCAGUGCCACAGAGAGAGAGAGAACGCCCGACGAAAACUUUCAGACAUUUCCACGUACGCGUGCGGCAUCGGCAUGACCGAUAGGCUACUUCAGGCCAAGUGCUGCAGCGCCAAUCUUCGCAUGUGA